ACGAUGCAUUCAUUCUACUCAAGAUGGUCUUGAAAUAAGAGCCGAGACUGUGAAUACCGGCCUAAAGUUUGUUUAACAUAAGCCCUCUGUUACGUCAGUAUUAUAAACAUUGAGAACAUUAAAGAAAGUGAAAGUUUAUGCAAAGAUGAGCGCAAUAUAUAAAAUGCAUGAUGCGGGUUUAUUGUUUCAACUGUAAAAAUAACUGUAAAGGAAUUCCUAAUAUGCUACACCAACAAUAACGCGAAAGUGUAACUCAAUUAAUACGUUUAAAAAUUAGAUUAUACAAUUUGUUUUUCUAUAAAAAAUUUUAAGGAUAUAUUUACAAUAUAAGGAUGUAUUUACAAUACAGAAAAAAAAAAACAGCGAUCGAAGUUGCGCGUAUUAAGCUUUUCGUUUAGAUAAUCUAUUACCGUUUGAAUUUACAUAAUUAGAGACUGUCGGUUUAAUUUCACGUUUGUAUACACGUAAGAUCUCUCCGAAUAUGAAAGUUUUGAAAGCAGUCGAGUGAACAAUGAAAUAAUCUUGGGUGUUCUGCAUCCCACAUUUCCUAAGCGAGGCGUAAUUGUCACAGUUAGAGAGGAAGAUUAGGAGCAGAUCGACGCAAUUACCAUACUUAUAAUAUCUGCCAAACACACUUUCUCGCGGCCCUAAACAUGAGGGCGACCCGCAGCUUUUUAAUUUUGUCGGAGAGCCUAUGCGGUGUCACCUCAUUUUCGUUCUGAUCACGACGCGGUAACGAUGGGCUCCCUCAUCAUUGUCCUAACAGCCUUCGCUGUAUAUUGCAGUGAGGUGUAUUGCGACACACUUCCGACUAAGAUCGCUAAACCAGAGGAUACCGUUCUCGUCGAGAGGAACAACAGCAGUCAAAAUGCGACGAUUGAGAAGGAAAGCGUUUGGAAAGUUCUCAGUCUGUCGAAACGCAAACCGAAAAUGGAAGAAACUAGGAGUCUAGACGGGACAAACGGCGAGACGGACCGAAGAAAAGGACGAUUUCUGAAUAGUUUAGCCUUUCUAACUGGCCUCAGCUUCGGUGGAUUAGCCAACGCGGCAUCCUCCACCAUGAAGAAUAUCGCUAAGAUACCGCAGGUGUUGAGCAUAAACCUAGGCUCUUCCAAAACCUCGCCGUACUUCACCGCCUAUUACAGCCAAUAUCCCGCUCUGAUACCUUAUCCGUUCUUUUAUCCCGGUCUCAUCGGACUCGACGGCGCGAAGCCUCAGACGUCGCAAAGCGCCGAUCUGACGCCGCAACUGAUAAACCUGUUCGACAACAAACCGAUCGAUCUCGAGAACAACGAGGAUUAUUCAGACGCGGGCAACGGGGCUGAUGAUCGCAUAAGAUUGCAGGAUCGAAACGCGGAAGAGAAGGGUACGAUACGCGGAUGCAAAGAGGGCCAACGAAAAAGCAGCAAUGUGAAAGGAACGAACAGAGAGCGUGACUAUUUCAACACCGUCAAUUUGCGCCAAACUUCGAAUUUUCAAGGUACAAAUCAGACCACUACCACCACCACCACUAUUCGACCAAAUAUAACUACAACAAUUCGACCUGACAAUACAACGCAUCACCACCAUCACCAUCAUCAUCAUCAUCAUGGCCAUAAGGAAUAUGGUCAUAAGGAAUAUGGUCAUAAGGAACAUAAUCACUUCCCUGGAUAUUACGGUGGAUAUCCACAGAAUAUACAACACGUGGAAUUCACAACGCAACCGUACAGCCCGAUCAGCUACAACGCACCGUAUGAACCUCCUAAUUUUUAUAACGACGACAAAUUUAUUUAUCCGGGUCUUAAUCCACCUUUUUCCGCGCCCGAUCAGACAAACGAAUUCGUAAGCACGGAUUUUAGCCGAGCGUAUUUGGGAUAUCAGCCACUAAAUAGCAGCGAUGGUUUUAAACCCCUAGUAUAAGUUACAUUUUUUAUAUUUCCAAUAUAAGUUCUAUUUUUUAUACUCCUAAUAUAAGCUAUAU